CCCCGUCUCUCGUCUCGGAAAACCCUAGCCGCCACACCUCACGACCCACCCGAGCACCAGCCGAGCGGAGGAGAGAUGGCGCGCGGCGUGGUGGCGGCGAAGGGCGGCGCGGCCGCGGGGAAGAAGAAGGGGUCGGUCACCUUCACGAUCGACUGCACCAAGCCCGUGGAGGACAAGAUCAUGGAGAUCGCCUCGCUCGAGAAGUUCCUGCAGGAGCGCAUCAAGGUCGCCGGCGGCAAGGCCGGGAGCCUUGGCGACUCCGUCACCGUCUCCCGCGAGAAGACCAAGGUCACCGUCACCUCCGACGGCCCCUUCUCCAAGAGGUACCUGAAGUACUUGACCAAGAAGUACUUGAAGAAGCACAAUGUGCGGGACUGGCUACGCGUGAUUGCGGCCAACAAGGACCGCACCGUGUAUGAGCUCCGGUACUUCAACAUUGCCGAGAAUGAGGGCGAGGAGGAAGAUUAGAGUGCAUUCCACUUAUAUCUUAGUUUUGAGCUUGUUGAAUUUUGAUACUUGUACCCGGUAGUCAUUUGCACCUAUCUUCCCAUGUUAUGCUGUGGUGAAUUUUGGAUGGUUAAUUUGAAGAAUCCUUACAUUUGAUCGCCUCAAUUUUUGUGCCUA